GGGCGGGGCUCCGGCAGGUCACGUGCCCCGCACCUCCCCGGCGCGCGCCCGCCCGCCCGCUCGCCCCCGGCUCCUCCUCCUCCUCUUCUCGCCAUUGCAGUUCGACUCAGCAGCCCGGCGCACACCGCGUGGCUUUUGGGGGGAGACCCCGGCGGGCUGUGGCAGGAGGGCGGCGGCGGCGGCGGCGGCUGCGGUCGGGGAAAGGACGCCGACAAGAUAGUUGAAGUAUUGAUAACACCAAGGAAAUCUGUCACAAUUUGAAAAGAUAAGCAAAAGUUUGAUUUCCAGAAACUACAGAAAAAGAAGUAAAAAUGCGUCCAAUGCGAAUUUUUGUGAAUGAUGACCGCCACGUGAUGGCAAAGCAUUCUUCGGUUUAUCCCACACAAGAGGAGCUGGAGGCAGUGCAGAACAUGGUGUCACAUACCGAGCGGGCGCUCAAAGCCGUGUCCGACUGGAUAGACGAGCAGGAGAAAGGCAGCAGCGAGCAUGCCGAGUCCGAUAACAUGGAUAUGCCCCCAGAGGAUGAGGGCAAAGAAGGGGCCGGAGAACAGAAGACGGAGCACAUGACCAGAACCCUGCGGGGUGUGAUGCGAGUUGGUCUCGUGGCAAAGGGCCUUCUGCUCAAAGGGGACUUGGAUCUGGAGCUAGUGCUGCUAUGUAAGGAGAAGCCCACGACCGCCCUCCUGGACAAGGUGGCUGACAACCUGGCCAUCCAGCUCACUGCUGUAACAGAAGACAAGUAUGAAAUACUUCAAUCUGUCGAUGAUGCUGCAAUAGUGAUAAAAAACACAAAAGAGCCUCCAUUGUCCUUGACCAUCCACCUGACAUCCCCCGUUGUCAGAGAAGAAAUGGAGAAAGUAUUAGCUGGAGAAACGCUAUCAGUCAACGACCCCCCGGACGUUCUGGACAGGCAGAAAUGCCUUGCUGCCUUGGCGUCCCUCCGCCACGCCAAGUGGUUCCAGGCCAGAGCCAAUGGGCUGAAGUCAUGUGUCAUCGUCAUCCGGGUCUUGAGGGACCUGUGCACCCGCGUGCCUACCUGGGGUCCCCUCCGAGGAUGGCCUCUCGAGCUGCUGUGCGAGAAAUCCAUUGGCACGGCCAAUAGACCCAUGGGAGCCGGCGAGGCCUUGCGGAGAGUGCUGGAGUGCCUGGCGUCAGGCAUCGUGAUGCCAGAUGGUUCUGGCAUUUAUGACCCUUGUGAAAAAGAAGCCACUGAUGCUAUUGGGCAUCUAGACAGACAGCAACGGGAAGAUAUCACACAGAGUGCGCAGCACGCACUGCGACUCGCCGCGUUUGGCCAGCUCCAUAAAGUUCUGGGUAUGGAUCCUCUGCCUUCCAAGAUGCCGAAGAAACCAAAGAACGAAAAUCCAGUGGACUACACCGUUCAAAUCCCCCCCAGCACCACCUACGCCAUCACACCCAUGAAACGCCCCAUGGAGGAGGAUGGGGAGGAGAAGUCUCCCAGCAAAAAGAAGAAGAAGAUUCAAAAGAAAGAGGAGAAGGCAGAGCCUCCCCAAGCUAUGAAUGCGCUGAUGAGGCUGAACCAGCUGAAGCCAGGGUUGCAGUACAAGCUGGUUUCCCAGACGGGCCCGGUCCAUGCCCCCAUCUUCACCAUGUCCGUGGAGGUAGAUGGCAAUUCAUUCGAGGCUUCUGGACCAUCCAAGAAGACUGCCAAGCUGCACGUGGCCGUCAAGGUGUUACAGGACAUGGGCUUGCCAACGGGCGCUGAAGGCCGGGACUCAAGCAAGGGGGAGGACUCAGCCGAAGAGACCGAGGCGAAGCCAGCCGUGGUGGCCCCUCCCCCUGUGGUGGAAGCUGUCUCCACCCCCAGCGCAGCCUUCCCCUCAGAUGCCACUGCCGAGAACGUAAAACAGCAGGGGCCGAUCCUGACAAAGCACGGCAAGAACCCAGUUAUGGAGCUGAAUGAGAAGAGGCGUGGGCUCAAGUACGAGCUCAUCUCCGAGACGGGGGGCAGCCACGACAAGCGCUUCGUCAUGGAGGUCGAGGUGGAUGGACAGAAGUUUCAAGGUGCUGGAUCGAACAAGAAGGUGGCAAAGGCAUACGCUGCCCUUGCUGCACUGGAGAAGCUCUUCCCUGAUGCCCCUCUCGCCCUUGAAGCCAACAAAAAGAAGAGGGCCCCAGUACCUGUCCGAGGUGGACCGAAAUUUGCUGCUAAGCCACACAACCCUGGCUUUGGCAUGGGUGGCCCCAUGCACAACGAGGUGCCGCCGCCCCCCAACCUUCGAGGGCGGGGGCGAGGAGGGAACAUCCGUGGACGAGGACGAGGGAGAGGAUUUGGUGGCGCCAACCAUGGAGGCUACAUGAAUGCUGGUGCCGGGUAUGGAAGCUAUGGGUAUGGUGGCAACUCGGCGACAGCAGGCUACAGUGACUUUUUCACAGACUGCUACGGCUAUCAUGAUUUUGGGUCUUCCUAGAGCGUCUAAAAGUAUUGCACACAAAAUCAACUUUUUACUCCAAUUUCCUCCAACUCCAAAACCCAAAGUGUCCGUGCUGUGUCCCUGUGCUUCACUGGGUUUCUCAACCGUGGCUUUUCACCGCAGCUUGUCUGAAACUCUUAGCCUGCAGAAUUUAAGACAAUGGCAGUUUUUAUCGUGAUUUGCCUUUGAACUUGGUCAGAUUGAAGUUCACAAUAAGUGGAAAACCAUUUCUUUCAGAGAAUGUGUUUUUGUGCAGAGUUGCACAGAAUUCUAGAGCCAGCGUUGUUCAGCAUCAAGGCAAAAGCCCACCUUUGCUUUUUAUGGAAAGCAUUACUUUAUUUAAAGAGACAGAUACUGACGCAUUUUAAUCUACCUUUGUCUUAAUUUACAGCAGGUUUUGUAUGAAUUUUUAACCUUUUAACAGAUUCCCAAAUCUGGUCGAUGCCUUUGACAGUAAUGAACACUAUUUCACCACAUCUGAAUCCAGAGCAACUGGCUUUUUUUUUCUUUUCUUUUCUUUUUUUAUGAGCAUGUAAAAUGGUGGGAACAUGUGGGAAAUUGUAUAUUGUGCUAAGUUAACUUCUCCCGCCUUUUGUAAAUGCUCUGGUGGGUUCUUGUUGGGGGACGCGAUAUUCUGUGGCUGCUUCGGCUAGAGAGUGAACUCUCAAAGGUGUCCAAACUGUGCUUCCAUUAUAAACAGUGCAAGAAACGGGCUUUAAAAGGCAGACCGUGAAAUUCUGCAAGUCCUAAUCACAGCUGCAAAUGCAUGGGAUUCUGAUUUUUCCCCCCCUUAUAAACGGGGCUUUAAAAAUAAUCAAGUAGAAAGAACCUAGUAGGUUCCCUGAUUCUUUGGUGAAGAGCUGGUCUUGGCUUCAGCAAGGCCUGUGCUGCUGGACAUGAAGCUGUGGCAGGCUCCAAGAGGCCUGGAAGCUUCUCGCUGUGUACAAAAGCACACAGUCAUUUUGGUUUUUUACUGAGACCCCCAUUUCCUGGCAGAAGCCCUCCUUGGAAAUGAUAGUUUUGGCUCUGGUCAGCAGUUCUUUUUGCAGCCAAGCCCACCCGUGUUGACUUGCAAGAUUUUGCGUGUGUUCAGGCAGAAACUACUCAGAACGGUUGCUACGUGAUUUGUUCCCAGAGGUUUGAAACAUUCAGUGAAACUUUUUAAAACUUUGAUUGCAUGAUGUAUUUUUUUUUUUCUUUUUUUAGAAAGUUAUUGUUUGAGAAUAAUGUCUUUUUAUACCAGGAAAUAGUAAUCCUGAAUGACGUUGAAAACUUUCCCUUCCCUUUAUU